AUGGCUUUUGAAUUAAAAAGCACAGAUAAAAGGCGUUGUGUUGAUGAACGAACUUUACUUUCCAACCUACAGUGCUCACUCCUUGCUUUUCUUGCAAUGAAGUGUGAUAUCACUGUUGGCAAACAAAAAAAGAACAGCCAAUACAGUCGCAAAUUUAUGAACAUCAAGCAGAUCCUAUUUCACAAAGACCAGCCAUUCAUAUUUAAUGUUCAAACUUUUUUGACUAAGAGAUGCCUUGAAAAGAUGGCUUCAUUUGAAGGAGAUGGGGUGAGUCAAAGAACAGCAUUACGAAGAGCGUUGAAUGAAAAGAAACGAGAUAGUCUACAUAUUUUAGAAGACAUUUUAAUAGAAGACGGGUUGGUGACAAUUUAUGAAGUCGAAAACAGAGAGGGAAUAAGAGGGAAUGUGUGCAUUAAACUACCUGAUGGGUCAAUUGUGAAUAAAAAGAUGAUUGAAAAACUUGGGGAAAGUAUUUGGAUGUAUUGUGAAUGUGAACUGACAAAUAAAAGUAAAGUUGUUCUUGAUAAAGAACUUGUUAUGACUUUAAUUCAAAAUGCGUGUAAUUGA